UUGAUAAUAUAUUAAGAAAAAUUCAAAAGUUGGCAUUUUUUUUGUUCCUCCGAACGGAGUGCGACGGCAUCUAAAGAUUCAUCACUCGGUGGUAUGGCCCACCACCACCACCACCACUACCACCAUCGCCAUUCUUUUUCCUCUUUUUAUUUUUAUUUUUAUUUAAUUUUGUCACUAUGUCAAGAUUCACUUUAGGCAUCGGUAAACAAAUGCGUGCCGGGAGACAGAGGGCCUCAGCCAUCUGCAGAAGAAGAAGAUCAUAAGAAAACAACACAGCAGAAACAACAUGAGUGGUCAGUUUGACGGCGCUGCCAACGCCAAUUACAACAGCAGCAGCAGCAACAAUCCUUAUGUCCAAUAUUCCCCUGUUCCCAUGACGAAUUCUGCUACCAAGCGUCCGAUGGAUAAUAUGCUCGAGUCACUGAGCCAGUGCGGUAAAAGGGUUGAAGUUGCAACCAAAAGAGCAGAGGCCAUUGCAGACAGUGUUUGGCACCACCUUAGAAUGAGUCAUAGUUUGACAGAAGCAGCCAUGGCAAGGCUCAAUCAAGGGACAAAGGUGCUUACAGGAGGAGGGAAAGAAAAAGUUUUCCAGCAAGAAUUUGAGAACCUGGCAGGAGAGAAGCUCUUGCAUUCAUAUGCUUGCUAUCUGUCAACUUCUCAUGGACCUGUAAUUGGGAUGCUCUACAUCUCCAACAAAAGACUAGCCUUUUGCAGUGAUUUCUGCCACUAUUUGUCCCCAGGGAACCCAAAUUUCAUGCACUACAAGGUGGUGGUGCAGCUAGAUCAAUUAGGAACAGUCAAUCCAUCAGCAAACAGAUGGAAGCCUUCAGAGAAAUAUAUACACAUUGUCACAAGGGAUGGUUAUGAAUUCUGGUUCAUGGGGUUCAUAUCCUAUGACAAGGCCCUCAAGAAUCUAAGCCGAGUUCUACAGAAUUAGCUGAAGGAAACAGGUAAAUAACUGGAGUUGAAAAUUCAGACAGAUUGGAAUUUGGAUUGUAAAAGUAAUACCCCUUAAAUUUUAAUUACACUUUCCCAUGAUCUGUUUUUGCACAUCUGCCAUACUUCUACAUCUGUU